UGGAGGCGGGGCGAGGGUUUGUGACGUGGUUAUCAGCUGUUGGAACCGUUCUAAUGAUUGAGCAGUGAGAUGAGCCGGCGGCAGAGCCUGUCUUGUAUACAGCACUGUGCAUCUACCUCAACCUGGGCUUCUGUACAGCGGCUUGGAUACUGUAUUUGUCUGUAUACACUGACUGCUGCACGGUAAGUGACAGAUCUGCAAGUGAUGGAGUCACAGGUUCCCCCUCCCAUCAUAAAUCUCUCCUUUAUUACAAUGUCAACUCCACUGUGACGUCACUCGGCGAGGGAUCAGAUGUUGUCAUAGGUGACUGUAGACAGAAAAGAUGGGGGAGGUGGGGAGGAGAGGACAUCUUUGUGCAGGGCUAUUUUAACCAAGCAAUACAGAAGCCUGAUGUUUACAAAUCCUUCUGUGGGAUUCUGCUGACCCCACCACACCAUAUCACCAAGUUGUUUACACCCCACCAACUUCCGCUCCCAGAAUCUCCAGCAAACCCCAGGGCUCGCUCCAGCCAUGUUUCAACGUUUAACCCGGCUGUUCUUCAGUGAGGGACCAGUAACUGAUCCCACAGAACCCAAAGCCUUUGUUUCAGAGGAAGAAGAUGAUGGCUGGUUGAUUAUUGACAUCCCAGAUAGCUACAUCUUAGCCUCAAGCGGGGAAGAUGUGGCAGAAGGCCAAGUGGAGAAUGUUGCUUCCAGCCCACUGCCACAUUCCCUGGGUGAGCGGAUUGGUUGGUCCAUUCCCCCCCACCCGCCCCACUCGAUGGACGAGAGCUGGUUCGUUACCCCUCCCCCCUGUUUCACUGCAGAGGGUCCUGGCCACAGUGCAGUGGGAAGCAGUCCACUGGAAGACCUUCUGAUAGAGCAUCCCAGCAUGUCGGUGUACGUCACCAGUGGCAGCAUCGUUGUGGAGCAAGACACUAGUGACAUAACCAGAAACAGAUCACCAUCCAAAACCAGAGUGGAGCGUCGUACACCACAUCAUGCCACGUCAGUUUCUGCCAAAGCCGCUAUCUUGGAAAAAGUGGGUCAGGUCUCGAGGAUCCAACGCGCCAGAGCUCUGGCGGAUAAGCGUAAGCUAGGACGUAAGAAUCUGCAAAGGCAGAAUCUGGCACGGGAGUUCCAGGGUCGCAAUGCAGUGCGGAACCGCAGCUAUAUGUGCCAACCAAGGCAGCGCCAGUGCAACCACUGAACUUCUUUUAGCUGUUUACAAGAACAUGGGCAUUAUCACUACCCAGAAAUCUCCUGUCCUGCCUCAUGGUUUGGCAAUACUGUAUCUUGCCUCUUUUAUACAGCCUCCCCUGAACGUAACACCGAUAUCUGCCCUCACUCCCCCUCCCCUUGGUUUUAUGUUAUAAACAUGUCCCACUGCAUGGGAAUGCUGUAAGUAUACAGAUUUCAUGGCAACUGUAGUAAGGGUGGAUAAAAGCUAACUAAAAAGGUAAUCCUACCCUUGAGAUGCUUCAAAAUUGAUUUCCUCUAGUUCUUAUCAAUUAUUUUAAAACUCCAACCCGUAAUAUGGCGCCAUCCUAAUACUUUCAUGUAACUCUAAAAAUGUAAUAAUUGUAUUUAUAUAGCACUUUUCUCCAAUAGUAAUGUUAGGCUUUGUUACUCCCUGUUUCCUGAGUGGAACAAAGUGGAACUCCCCGAACAAAAUGGUGGCAAUUUUUCUUUGAUAUGAUUUUACAAAAUUGUAAUCCUUGAAAUGUAAUGGCCAAAGGAUUUACAUAUUGCAAUAAGCAAGGGUAAUUGUGAAUAUUGAAACAUUGUAAAAUCCCAUUACAAUGUGUUAGAUGUUUUUGAAAGAUGCACCUUUAUAUCCUGUUCCAAUGGAAUGUUCCCAAAAUGUCUGGUGUAGCCUUUCAUUCAUCUGUUUGUGCAGAGUUGUCACACAAAUAACCAGCACACAGUGUACCUCUUUGGUGAGGUCUGUUCUGUUAAGCAUUGUGCACAUCUGAAGAUGGCGGGAAGAGAACACACGUCCUAAAUAAAUUGUUUAUGGUCUUCCCUGGGGUGGUCUUCAGUAUGCCGACUGACGGGACCCCGGCGCACAGUAUACCAGCGCCGGAAUCCCAACAGCCGGCAUACCGACACUUAUUCUCCCUCGUGGGGGUCCACGACCCCCCUAGAGGGAGAAUAAAAUAGCGUGGCACGCGUAGUGCGCCACCGUGCCUGCAGCGUGGCGAGUGCAGCGAGCCCGCGAGGGGCUCAUUUGCGCUCGCCACGCUGUCAGUAAUCCGGCGGUCAGGCUCCCGGCGCCGGUAUGCUGGUCGCCGGGAGCCCGACCGCCGGCAUACCAUACUGAACCCCUUCCCUGCACUUGCCAGAGGGACCUGCAAUGCUGCGCAUUAGUAGAAAGGAAAUGUAGGUUGACGAUCGCAAGAGGAUGUAGCAAAGCAAAUGCAGGGUGAAUGGAAUUCUGUGAUGGGAAAGUAAAUGUGCACGUGUCAGUUAUGUUAUGGCAAUGAGAGGUGGUAAAUGGUUGACAAAUAAGGUUGCUGUUGGGACAAAUGUGUAAAUGAUAUUAUAAACUAGAACAAUAUUGCCUGACGUAUAGCUUGGUUACAGAAUAUUUUGUAUCAUUUCAAGCUGCAGGGCCGUUAACACAUAAUUAUGUUUGUAAAUUUUCUGUUAAAUAUUUUUUUAAAAUACAGAAGAGAACCUAAAACUAGUAAAGACACAAUGUGGGUGUUAUAUAUAUAUAUAUAUAUAUAUCACACACACAUAUUACUUUUUCUUGUGUUGUUAAUUUUAAUGCACACUUGAUAGGGUGGCGUGCUAUACCGCAAUUAUUUAAUCCAUAUGUUCUCAUUUAUUUCUAUUUGCUUCUCAAACAGAUUCGGCAUAAUAAUUUCAACUACAAAAUAGGCUGGAAAUGUAUCAAGCCUCCUAAAGAGGACACAUUUAGAAAUUGCCCAUAGCAACUAAUCCGUUUUUAACUAUAAUUUUAUAGAAUAUACUAGAUAAAUGGUAGUUAGAAAAUCCUUCACUUCUCAUUAGAGCGUAUGAUACAUCUCUUUGUAAGGCAUAGAUUUACUAAGGAGCAGUUUGUUAAAGCAGCUGAUCAUCUGUAGCUUUGGCUGAUAGUUAUGUAACAGCAAUAGGAGUGAAUGGCUUAUUCCCAUUGCUGUUUUAAAACUAUCCAUCGUAAAUCUACCUUUAAGGUGUUUGGGGUCUAUUUACUAAGCCUUGAAAGAAAGUACCAACAAACCAGCUCUGUCAUUUUUAAAACACAGCCUGUGACAUGGCAGUUAGGAGCUGAUUGGCUGGUACUUUAUCACAAUCCACUUUAUCUCUCUCAAAGUCUUCGCAAAUAGACCCCUUAUUUAGUAACAGUGGUUUGUCAUCAGCAGCUUUGAUCAAUAGUUUUAUCCCAGGUGGGCAGUUUUCUACACAUUUUUCAAGGUUUCUCGAGGGAUGUCUAAAUUUGUCCCAAUUAAGAAAAAUCUGGUGGGAAUAUUUGAAGACUACCCACCCGGCCAAAACGUGUUAAAAGGAAUGAAUGCUAAACUAGCUGAACAGCACUGAUUCCUGUUGUCUCUUUAAAACUAUUGGUCUGGCUUUGACAAACAGCCUGUUAGCAAGUAUACCCCUAAGGGCUAUAUUUACAAAGCAGAAGCUUCUCUUCGUUGGGAGCUGAAAACUUAAGGCAGCACUAACAUUCACGGUAAAGCACGCUGGGCUUUACACUGAAUGUUAGUGUCACUUUGAAUGUUUGGCACCAGCCCACUGAGAAGGGACGGCUUACAAAAGCCACUGCUUCGUAAAUCGUAGCCCCAAGUCUCUAACAGCAGCCUUACUUGAAUAGAGAGUGAGAGCUGGAGCAUUGCAAGUCCCUCACAUACUCGGUAUAAUCAGAUAUAGAGAACAAGCGUGAAUAUCCUUUCAUUGGCUAACUUGAAUUUGGUCUAACUUGAAUUUGGUCUAACUUUUUAUUGGUUAAAAGAGUUAGUACUCCUUUCUAUUAUGGUAACACACAGCACCUAUUAUGGGUUUCAGCCUGAUGUCCAGUAAUCUGACUGCAUAUUGCCAGGACAGGGUCAGACAGUGUUGGGCUUCUUUCUAAUGACCAGUCAUCUAACUUGGCAACAUAAGCAAACUAUUUCAGGCCUAAUGUCUGCUACUUUCUUAUCCUAAUAUCCAAACAUGUACAUUCAGUUAACCUACUAAAAGCAUAAUAUUUUAGAGACUGGGUUAAGUUAUGGAAUAUUUAUGGCUGAACAACCAUAUAUCUUUGCAGUAACCAACCCUUAUUUUUAAUUCAACAAACUUGUAUAUAAACACUUAAAAGGUGCUUACUAUAGUAACUUUCUUUAACAGUGUGUAAAUAUUUUAGAACACUAUUAAAAGCAUGUGUGAGUGUUUGGUGACAGUGUUUUCACAAAUGGGACUUUGCACGAUUAGUGUAAUCCAUUUUGUCUAGGUGCAGAGAUGCCUGAUAGCUACCAGAUACAUGUUUUGCUUCAUUUUAUUUUGUAAUUAAUUAAAAAAAAAAUGCUGUUUAAACUAUUUUUGGAAGAAUUGUGUGCAUAAGUGAGAGAAAUGUCAAUUUCUGUGUGGACUCAGGGACAUAACAGCUAAUGAUGAAACUAUUUGGAUGUGUAAGUCUAUCGAAAUGUACCCAUCCCCUAUUUUGAGUGGUGGCAGCCAUUUUGUGUCUUAAACCAUAGCCAUUAUAGAAAGUAGUCCUCUCAAUUGUGCAUGUGUCAGGGAUCACUAGGGACAUGUCUGUAUGUUGGUUCAGCACCCAAAAUGGCUGCUUCUACUGUGUAUAUGAAGAUCACAGGUCCAUUUUAAAGCAGAUACAAUAUAUGAGUUGCUGAGCUGAACUUCACCUACCUUUUUCAGUGACAGAUGUACUGCUACCCCCUGACAUUGAAAAGGCAGCCAUUUAUUCAGCAAGUUGUACUUUACUUCCUCCAUUUUGUUACAUGAACAAAACAUCUUUUACAUUUUCUGUAUGAUUAUUUUAACUAUCCAGUCAAAUAAUAUUUAUAAAAGCAAACACAAAAUGGCUACUAUCUAGAUUGCUUGGAAAUAGUCAUGGAAAAUAUCUAUGCAGUGAUUUGAUUACUGUACUUCUGAAUGUAAUACAAAAUAGCUGAUAGUUUUAUGAGGCUCCAACCAUUGGAGAUCAUAGGAGCCACCUUUUUAGAUUUAAUCCCCAUUCCCAAGAUACACCACCAGCUUAGUGGUCAAAUGUUUAUGGGGUGGCUUUGUAAUGUCCCCAUACCCACUACCACUGUUAGUAGUGUUUUCUAGCAUUCCGAUUAAGAGUGCUAUACAUGUAUUUACUACAGAUGCUAGUUGCAGAAAACACUAACAUGACGCCAGUUGAAAGCUGGCCUAAAGGCUGUAUUUUGUUAAGAACUUAAUUUUGGUUAAAUUGAAAUGAAUAUAUUAAGGCCUGUUCCUUAAUAUUACUGUAUUUAAUUAAAAUGUUUUACAGUAAAUUAGUACUUUGAUUUAGCAUGUAUAAUCCAAAUAUAUCGUUAUCACUUAAUAUAAUCAGAUUUGGUUUUUUUUUAAAGCGUAUUCUGAAACAUUAAGCUGGGUACAAACUGAGCGAUGCGUACCCAGUCGAUAUGUUGUCCCAAAGGGCCGACAUAGCGGAUUCUGGGUACACAAUAGAACUAGGGGCAGUAUCCAAUUAUCAGCGAAAAAUCAUCAGAUGCAAAAAAUGGGUACUUUUCGCAAUGUUUCCCCAAUAUUUUUGGGGGGCAAUCCUAGUAGGACACCCGAAAAAAUCCAUUCUCAAGCAAUAACACACAGGUUCAGUGAAACCCGUGUAAUUUCGCGUUCACGUCCCCGUAAAGUCGUCGCUUAUCUGGAAUUUUGUUUUGCCUGCUCGAGACAGAUGAAACAAUGCCAUUGAUAAACCGCGUUUUGUGACUGCUUUUUGGGGACAAUAUGAUAGCCUGGGGCAAAUCAAUUAGCCGUGGUUAAUUUUCACCUAGAUCACUAGCAUUCUCACCCGGUUGGCCAUGCAGCAGGGCCAACUGGGGCAUCAUCACUAGCGACCCCGGGCACACACAUAUUGGGCAUACACACUGAGUGAUGUGUUUUUUAGUUAAAAUCACUAUUUUCAUUAGAUACAAAUUCUAUAUAAAGGGACAUUGGUCAGGAACAACAUAUAUGCUACACACACACACACACACACACACACACACACACACACACACACACACACACACAGUUAUGGUGCCAGUUCAUAAUCUAAAAACCAUCAUGUAAUAAGACACACACACACACACACACACACACACACACACCCUUUUCAGUCACUACAAGAGGUACAUGCCAGGUACCCUCCUGUCUGUCAUGUGUCUGUUGCCAAUACUAUUACAGAUAGCUGCACAUGGAUGGGUUACAGCAUGUGUCGGUAGUAUACUCCUCCUUCCAGGGGGCGGUACCAGGCAGCAGAAAUUAAUCGGGGAGUUGCACAGUGACAUCAAAUUCUCACCAAUUGGUUGCUUGUUAGAAUAUCAGGAAGACAGUCUCCGUAAGCACAGAAAAAUUUGUUCAAUAUUUUGAUUUUUCGGACCUUCUAAAGAGGACCAGUGUAGUUGUUGCCCAUAGCAACCAAUCAGAUUCUAGCUGUCAUUUUUAGAGAACGUAUUAGAUGAAUGAUAACUAGAAUCUGUUUGCAACGGACAACACCUCCACUAGUUGUCUUUAUAAUAUUUCAUAAAUCUCUCCCUAAAGACUUUAUUUAACAAUGGAAAUAAUUGUUUGCAUUUUUUUUUUUUUUUGCAUCACAGUGAUCCUAAUGAAUAUGCAGGUGGUAUUUACUAUUACUUGUCCAGCAAGGUCCAGUGCAGUCUUCCUUUCUCUCUGGUGUCCCCUCCUGUAUUUCUGACUAAUGCACGACAGCCCUCUGUGAAUGUGCAUGUGCUUCAACCUGACCGGGACUCUGCAAAGCCGGAAAAGGCUCUUGCUGGGUUCCUAUUGAUGGCGUAAACCGUACAGUCACAAGCUUACCGCUGUUUGCUAAGUACAGCAUGGAUGUUGGAACUGUUUUAGGUACAGAUUCAGAGUUGGCCGCAGUGGCGAUGUGGCACGCAUUGGCCAAUGUUUUAAGUCUGCGUAUGCAUCCCAUUGAUUACCGCUGAGUGAUGCAUAACAAAUUUGGACGUAGGGAGAGUGAAUUUCAGUGAGUGCUCCUGGGAGGUUAGCCAGAUGCGGGCGUGUCACUGACAGUGACUGCAUCUAAGAGAACUGCUCGUACAGAUACACCAAGAAGGAUUUGCUCGGCAGGAAGUGGGCAUAUCAGUUUGAAGAUCAUUGGCAUUAGCAUAAGGCUGCGGCAAAAGACAUGGCCGCAUGUGACUCAGAAUAAUCCCAUUUGCGGUUACUUGGAGGGGUUAUAACUUGUUCUUCAAUGGAGCCCUAAAUAUUAAGGUGUGCCUAAGCACACAGGGAAAUUCAGUUAGCCAUGGUAAUUUACCACAGGCAAAUUGAUCUCCUGGAGUUAUACAAUUAGCCCCGAAGCGCGGCCAUCGGCAGCUAUCAGAUAUUUUUUUCAGGUCCAGAAAACGGUGGCUAAUUAAAUAGCACAAAAAAAAAAUAGAAAAAAAACCUCACCGUGCCUGAAAAAAAUACUGUGGCUAAGUGAAUUCCAGACAUAUACUUACUAGUUACUCUUCUUUAAAGCGCACAUGAUAUAACCUAAUCUACAUUUAACUUUUAUAAGACUAUUACAAGUCACCAUAGAGGUUGAUGUAAGACGGUAAGAAGCUGGGUUUUCUUAAUACGCGGCAUUAACAUUUUGUGCUGACUUGUAAUAUAACACUCUAGUUUUUAAAUGUUCAUUAUAAAAUGCUGAAGAAACAUGAUUGUCCCAACUGUUUGGUUAGAACAAAGACUAAGUAUUUCAUAAAUUAUAUUAAAAUCUGGGUACUCUUAACUGUGCAGGAACAGUAAUGCUGAUAGGUAUUAGAUCAGUGGUUUUUAGCUGGUCAGACAGGAGGGGUGGUAUUUAGUUUGCCGCCUGUUGGGAUCCCGGCACUCAGUAUACCGGCGCCGGAAUCCCGACACCCGGCAUACCGAGUCAUUUUCUCCGUCUUGAGGGUCCACGACCCCCCUGGAGGGAGAAUAGAUAUCGUGGCGCAUGUAGCGCACCACCGUGUCCGCAGCGUGACGAGCGCAGCAAGCCCGCAAGGGGCUCAUUUGCGCUCGCCCAGCUGUCGGUAUGCCGGUGGUCGGGAUUCCAGCGCCGGAAAAUUCAAACCCAUCUGCUAAUUUCAAUUAAGAAUAACAAAUUUGUUUAGCAUGUCCCCCAUUUAAAUAAAAUAGUAAAUGGGAAAAAGUACAAUGAUGCAGAAACCUUUUUUUUUUUGGUAAUUUAUAUAUAUAUAUAUAUAUAUAUAAAUGAACUAUGGCCCUCAUUCCGAGUUGAUCGGUCGCAAGGCGAAUUUAGCAGAGUUACACACGCUAAGCCGCCGCCUACUGGGAGUGAAUCUUAGCUUCUUAAAAUUGCGACCGAUGUAUUCGCAAUAUUGCGAUUACUAACUACUUAGCAGUUUCAGAGUAGCUUCAGACUUACUCUGCCUGUGCAAUCAGUUCAGUGCUUGUCGUUCCUGUUUGACGUCACAAACACACCCAGCGUUCGCCCAGGCACUCCCACCGUUUCUCCGGCCACUCCUGCGUUUUUUCCGGAAACGGUAGCGUUUUCAGCCACACGCCCCUGAAACGCCGUGUUUCCGCCCAGUAACACCCAUUUCCUGUCAAUCACAUUACGAUCGCCGGAGCGAUGAAAAAGCCGUGAGUAAAAUUACUUUCUACAUAGCAAAGUUACUUGGCGCAGUCGCAGUGCGAACAUUGCGCAUGCGUACUAAGCGGAUUUUCAUUGCGAUGCGAUGAAAAAUACCGAGCGAACAACUCGGAAUGAGGGCCCAUGUUUCUAGUUCAGCACUAGGUGAAAAUUCAAUUCUGAUAACCCAUGUAAUGCGGUUUUAAAAUAUUAACAUGUAAAUAUAUGAGGUUAUACUAUGUUAGUGUUAACAUUUAUAUUGCAGACUUGUUAUCAAAAAUGAUAUGGAAGUAUGGUGGUCAUUCCGAGUUGAUCGCUCGUUAUUUUUUUUUCACAACGGAGCGAUUAGUCGCUAAUGCGCAUGCGCAAUGUCCGCAGUGCGACUGCGCCAAGUAAAUUUGCUAUUAAGUUAGGUAUUUUACUCACGGCAUUACAAGGUUUUUUCUUCGUUCUGGUGAUCGUAAUGUGAUUGACAGGAAGUGGGUGUUUCUGGGCGGAAACUGGCCGUUUUAUGGGUGUGUGUGAAAAAACGCUGCCGUUUCUGGGAAAAACGCGGGAGUGUCUGAAGAAACGGGGGAAUGUCUGGGUGAACGCUGGGUGUGUUUGUGACGUCAAACCAGGAACGAAACUGACUGAACUGAUCGCAGUGGCAGAGUAAGUCUCGAGCUACUCAGAAACUGCUAAGAACUGUCUAUUCGCAAAUCUGCUAAUCUUUCGUUCGCAAAUCUACUAUGCUAAGAUUCACUCCCAGUAGGCGGCGGCUUAGCGUGUGCAAAGCUGCUAAAAGCAGCUUGCAAGCGAACUACUCGGAAUGAGGGCCUAUGAGGGAAUAGGGUUAAAAUUGUAUUCAGUAGGAUUAAUGUCUUUUUUUUCCCCCUGUGAUAUUAUUGCAGAUAUGUAUUAAGGUAAAACUGCAUCACGCUGAAUGCCUAAAAUGUACUGGUCCUAUUGCUAACCAACCAGAUGGCAAUCUAGCAGGGGCGUUUUAACAGAGGAUGGAGCCCGUGUGUACCUUUGGGUGGGCCCCCUCCUCUCUACGUCACAGUAGUCUCUGGCAUUGUGCUGGAGUUUACUGCGCAGGUCUCCGGAAACAUGGUGCCCGCCAUGUUCCAGAGACCAAUUUGGCUACUGCGCAUAUGUGGUGGCCAUUGUCGCUGUGACUGCAGCGCCCGACACUAGUCUCCGGAAAGGUAAGUAUUAAAAAUGGGUGCAGUGUGUGCAGUGUUGGCCCCCCUGGACCCACACAUUGCACCCAUUAUAGAAACACCUAUGCAGUCUAGGUAUAUUUGUGUUCUCUGUUACAUUUAAACUGAGGCACAUGGUACAAUGCCUGUUGGCAGUUAGAAGUAUUGCGGCACCAUUUAGAACAUGUUAGUAACCUAGACAUGUGUGGAAAGGGAGUUUUGCUGGGUUAUCUCUUAUGACAUACAAUAUUGUUAUAGAAGGGUGUUUUGUUGACGGGAAGGUAUAGAAAUCCUGGUAGUCAUCAUCCUGAUGAUCAAAAUACUGAUGGAUACCAGUAUUUUUACUCUACCCCUAACCCACCUCUUCCGCAGCCUAACCCUAACCUGCCCCUAGUGCCUAACCCCAACCCAGUACUUACUGUCGGGACUCCACUUCCGGGAUCCUGAUCACAUCCCCCUCACCAUACUUGGCAUGUGCCAUUAUUGUAAAUGGACAUUUAUUUUCUGAAGCCACCAUACCUACAAAUUGUAAUACACAGCUCCAUACUCCACAAAGUAUGUAAUAACACACACACAGAAAUAUACACAUUUGGAUCCUGGCACUUCUGGGGACAGCAUGUGUGCUAAACUACGCAAUACUGAAUUUGGUUAGAAAUAAAAAAAAAUGAAUUUGGGAGAUUUGUGACAUACUGUAACAAAGAUGGAAUAUCUGUUUUUGCUGAGAGCCAUGAGCCAUACUCCUUUCUCCCCCUCCUUGCAUUUUUCUUGUGGUGGUGUGUUCUCUCCACAUUAGCAAGGGUAAGAACAGCCAUGUGGUGGGGUGAAGGCGCUCUGUAACGUCAUCUUAUGACAUUUCCUGCCUUUUCCUGCCUUCCUCUUGGUGCAUAUGGAUGACAUGGUCAAAAGGUCGGCAUGAGGGUUUGGGUUAUUUUCAACUUCUUCAUGCUUUUCCAUCCACAUGAACUACAAUUGGGAAUAGUAACCUUGCCGAAGAAUGGCGAGCGACGCGGUACACUAAUUUGGGUUCUAUGUGCUGCAAAUUAAAAUUUGACACAAAGAAAACAUGAAACACUCACGUCGACCUUUUCAUGUCGAACAUUUCCCUGUCGACCUUGUGCAUGACUACCUUUUACUGUCGACCUUUAACGGCAUAACCUUCAGGGAGACCACUAACUUCAUAAGUAAUUAGGAAACAUGCUUACCACCAUGUCCGUGGCAGACAGGCAAGGCUGGGAGAAAGUAGAUUAUUGGUUCAUUCAGAAAUAACACUGACUUUAAUAUAAUACUUUGUAUUCUUAUGAAAUUUGUCCAGCCUACAAAAUAGCUGAUUCCAAUGUGUACAAGCAAUGGAUGCACCUAAACUCUAUUAAGAAAAAAUUAUCUGCUAGAUUAGAGGUUCGCAAACGCGGUCCUCAAGGCACCCCAACAGUCCUGGUUUUAAAUGUAUCCAUGCUUGGCUACAGGUGACUUAAUUAGCACCUUAGUCAAUUUGAUUUAACCAUCUGUGAUGAGCCAUGGAUAUACCUAAAACCUGGACUGUUGGGGUGCCUUGAGGACCACGUUUGGGAACCUCUGUGCUAGAUACAGUACAAGAAUGAGGUUUGCGCUUCUGUAUUCAGAAAUGUCCUAUUCCCAUUUUACAUCCUAUGGUCCUGCAAAAGUGUCACUACACAAAAUGGCGGACUUAUUCCAUUUUGCAAUUUAAAACCAUUGUACAUGUCAAAUAUGACAUGGCCACAUCUACAUCAUCUAAAGUUAGAGGAAACAUGCAAGUGUUUUUUUUUUUUUUUGUUUUGUUUUUUUUCUUUAAAAUCUAUAUAUAUUGUUAGAACUGUAUAUGUGACAUUAGUGCAGACUCUACAGGCUCUCACAGCUUUAUGGUGCUGUUACAUGUGUACAUGUAAGAAAUGUUAUCAGAGUUUUUAAAAAGUGCACCAGAUAUACAAGGAAUAUAAUUCUUCAGCGCGAAUCUGGUUUUGUAUUUUGGGUGCUAGUUUUGAUAAUACGUAUGCUACCAGUGUUUGUGUGCUAAAUAGAUUAUAAUUCAAAAGUGAAAAAAAUAAAGUUUGCGUUGGAAUGACA